AUGAGGGUGUGGAGGCAGGGUCUGGUGAUGAGGGUGUGGAGGCUGGGUCUGGUGAUGAGGGUGUGGAGGCUGGGUCUGGUGAUGAGGGUGUGGAGGCUGGGUCUGGUGUGGAGGCUGGGUCUGGUGAUGAGGGUGUGGAGGCAGGGUCUGGUGAUGAGGGUGUGGAGGCUGGGUCUGGUGAUGAGGGUGUGGAGGCUGGGUCUGGUGUGGAGGCUGGGUCUGGUGAUGAGGGUGUGGAGGCUGGGGUGUGGAGGCUGGGUCUGGUGUGAGUGUGUGGAAGCUGGGUCUGGUGAUGAGGGUGUGGAGGCUGGGUCUGGUGUGGAGGCUGGGUCUGGUGAUGAGGGUGUGGAGGCUGGGUCUGGUGAUGAGGGUGUGGAGGCUGGGUCUGGUGUGGAGGCUGGGUCUGGUGUGGAGGCUGGGUCUGGUGAUGAGGGUGUGGAGGCUGGGUCUGGUGAUGAGGGUGUGGAGGCUGGGUCUGGUGUGGAGGCUGGGUCUGGUGAUGAGGGUGUGGAGGCUGGGUCUGGUGAUGAGGGUGUGGAGACAGGGUCUGGUGAUGAGGGUGUGGAGGCUGGGUCUGGUGUGGAGGGUGUGGAGGCUGGGUCUGGUGAUGAGGGUGUGGAGGGUGUGGAGGCUGGGUCUGGUGAUGAGGGUGUGGAGGCUGGGUCUGGUGUGGAGGGUGUGGAGGCUGGGUCUGGUGAUGAGGGUGUGGAGGCUGGGUCCGGUGAUGAGGGUGUGGAGGGUGUGGAGGCUGGGUCUGGUGUGGAGGCUGGGUCUGGUGAUGAGGGUGUGGAGGCUGGGUCUGGUGUGGAGGCUGGGUCUGGUGAUGAGGGUGUGGAGGCUGGGUCUGGUGAUGAGGGUGUGGAGGCUGGGUCUGGUGUGGAGGCUGGGUCUGGUGUGGAGGGUGUGGAGGCAGGGUCUGGUGAUGAGGGUGUGGAGGCUGGGUCUGGUGUGGAGGGUGUGGAGGCUGGGUCUGGUGAUGAGGGUGUGGAGGCUGGGUCCGGUGAUGAGGGUGUGGAGGGUGUGGAGGCUGGGUCUGGUGUGGAGGCUGGGUCUGGUGAUGAGGGUGUGGAGGCUGGGUCUGGUGUGGAGGCUGGGUCUGGUGAUGAGGGUGUGGAGGCUGGGUCUGGUGAUGAGGGUGUGGAGGCUGGGUCUGGUGAUGAGGGUGUGGAGGCUGGGUCUGGUGUGAGGGUGUGGAAGCUGGGUCUGGUGAUGAGGGUGUGGAGGCUGGGUCUGGUGAUGAGGGUGUGGAGGCUGGGUCUGGUGUGGAGGCUGGGUCCGGUGUGGGGUGUGUGGAGGGUGGGUCUGGUGAUUAGGGUGUGGUGGCUGGGUCUGGUGAGGGUGUGGAGGCUGGGUCCGGUGUGGAGGGUGUGGAGGCUGGGUCGGGUGUGGAGGCUGGAUCUGAAACAUGACCUGAGUCCUUUAAUUCAGAAUGAGUGCACAAAACUUUUGUUACGAAAGGGAUUUUUUAAGAAAAAUGAUGCAGAAGAGUAUGUUCCUGCUGAUCAUCAGGAUGGUCCAUACAAAGAAAAAACAGAAUCGCAGAUUGACGAAGAUUUACAGAAAUGGCAGGAAGCAGCACAGAAGCAAAAGGAUGAAGAUGAAGCAUUGUUGGAAAGUAUAAAGAAAAAUAAUGAAGAAAACUCGAAGGAUGAACUUUAA